AAGCCAUAGACUGUCCGCCAAUACACUGAUGAGGAAGUGGUGAGUGAUAUCACUACUCAAGUAAUGGCCCACCGGAUGGACAUCGAUAUGGAGGCGGAGCUGAAGACUGUGUUCGCCUCAGCGAUGAUCCAAUUGGACGAAGAGUGCCAUCCGAUGAGUUCGCUGUCCGACGAUUGCUAUCGUUUCGUUCAAAACGAUUUGUACGUCAAUUGUUUCCCAAUCUUCGACGACCUCCGAAGAAGUCACAAACUCUGCGACAUAUCUAUCAAAGUGGACAACCAGUCAUUUCUGGCCCAUCGGGUGGUCCUCUCGGCGACCAUACCAUACUUCUACGCCAUGUUCACGAACGACAUGCUGGAGAGCACGCAGACAGAGGUCCGCAUUCAGGACAGCAUCGAGUCCACGGCGAUGGAAGCGCUGCUGGAGUUCGCC